AUGGCGCGAAUUGAAACAAGUUUCUUCGUAUUGUCUGAUACACACGAUUACCAAUUUGGCGGCAAUGCAUCCAGCAAGUUGCAGCUCCCCAUCCCAAAAGUCGACGUCCUUCUCCACUGUGGAGAUUUAACACAAGUGGGAGGAGUUCCAGCCUUCAAAAAGGCUCUCAAAAUGCUCAGUAGCUUCGACGCAGAGCUUAAUUAG